UGCCUGUGACCUCAUCACGCCAACGCAAACAUCUUGUUAGUAAACUUCCUGGAGCGGGUCUCCUGCUGCUACUAGCCAUCCAGCUAGCGGUUCCGCCUGGUCAUGUUCUGACUCGGACUCAUACUGAUCAUACCGACACACACAUGAGAGCCGCUCUCUGAACACGCGUUUGGGUCACUGCAGCAGAACCGCAGCUGGAAUCGAGCCACCAACCGCACACACCAUGAUGGCGUCCAGCUACAACGCCAAGGAGGAGGACGGGCACAUCACCGUGUCCGGUCCCGGGACCCUGAAGAGCAAGAAGCCGGACAACACGGCCUUCAAGCAGCAGCGGCUGCCCGCCUGGCAGCCCAUCCUCACUGCCGGCACCGUGCUGCCCGCCUUCUUCGUCAUCGGCCUCCUCUUCAUCCCCAUCGGCAUCGGCCUUUACGUCACGUCCAACAACAUCAAGGAGUUCGAGAUCGACUACACGGGGACGGACCCCUCCAGCCCGUGCUACAACUGCUCCGUCAACUUCAGCUGGAACAGCAGCCGACCCUGCAGCUGCAGCCUGCCCUUCACCCUGGAGCAGCCCUUUGAGAGCAACGUCUUCGUGUACUAUGGUCUGUCCAACUUCUACCAGAACCAUCGGCGCUACGUCAAGUCCAGAGACGACAGCCAGCUCAACGGGAACGUCGACUCCCUCAAGUCUCCCAGUAAGGAGUGCGAGCCGUACGCCCACAGUGACAACAAGCCCAUCGCCCCCUGUGGAGCCAUCGCCAACAGCAUGUUCAACGACACGCUGGAGCUGUUCUUCAUGGACCCCAACGGCACCAGGAUCCAGAUCCCCCUCACCAAGAGGGGCAUCGCCUGGUGGACCGACAAGCACGUCAAGUUCAGGAACCCAGGGGGAGACAGCGCCAACCUCACCUCCGUCUUCCAGGGCACCAGUAAGCCGGUGAACUGGCACAGGCCGGUGUCCGAGCUGGACUCGGACCCGGAGAACAACGGCUUCGUCAACGAGGACUUCAUCGUGUGGAUGCGGACCGCCGCGCUGCCCACCUUCCGGAAGCUCUACCGCAUCGUGCAGAAGAAGAGCCACCUGGUGCCCACGCUGCCCAGCGGGAACUACACGCUGGAGGUGGUCUACAACUACCCGGUGCGGAGCUUCGACGGCCGCAAGCGCAUGAUCCUGAGCACCAUCUCGUGGAUGGGCGGCAAGAACCCCUUCCUGGGCCUGGCCUACAUCACGGUGGGCGCCGUCUGCUUCUUCCUGGGCGUGGUGCUGCUCGUCAUCCACCACAAGUACGGCAGCCGCAACAACAGCGCCGACAUCCCCAACUAGGGGGCGGGGACGGGCCCCCCCCCCCCCCCCCCCCCCGUGGGAGACCUCCCCGGAGGAUAGGGGGAUCUACAGGGGGGGGAGAGAGAGGGAGAAGGGUGGGAGAGGGAUGGAGGUACCAUGGGGGGGGGGUUCGGUUCCGACUGAGGAAAUGCACUUUGCGGUCACUUUAGCGAAUGAGCCGCUCUUCCUUCGUUACACAGUUUUGGGGGGGGGGGGGUGGGGCCUAAUUGACACAUAAUCUGUCAGAGCAACAAGAUAAUGACGAGACCCAAUAAAAUAGGCAAUAAGCUUUUUCAAUUGUAUGAAUAUGUUACGAAAAAACAUCUCCCCUUUGCCUCUGAACUGGGGAAAUCCAGGCAUCGAUAGCUUUGUACAGAUGCAGCUAACGGCUAACAGCUAAUGGCUAACAGCUAACGGCUAACAGCUAACUUCCCUGCUUAAACGUCCACUCACACCACGCAUGCUAAUGCAAACCGCGGGAGAAACCACGGGAUCAGCAUUAAUCCUGGUGGUACCUCCUACCUAGCAUGCUAUGUAGCGCUAGCCCACUUCCACCCCAACGCCGCUAUGCUAUGCUAUGCUUUGCUAUGCUAUGCUAGUGUGCUCGCAGGCUUCUGUGAAUCAGAUGAGGAGGAGGAGGAGGAGGAAUCGCUAGUCGAUUUUAUUUGAAUUAAUUUAUUUUCCCGUUUUUAAACUUGGACUGUUGUUACAUACUUUCCAGGGACGGCAUUCGAGCGACCUGCCAAACGCGUGGGAGAGAGGCGGAGAGGGAGAUGGAGGGAGGGAGGGAGGGAGAGAGGGAGAGGGAGAUGGAGGGAGGUUGAGGGUGAUGGAGGGAGGGAGGGAGAGAGAGAGAGAGAGGAUAUAGUUGAGAUUUUAUAAGCAGAGGAAUUUCAGAGAGAACAUUUACUAUGGGAAUGCUAUUUUAUUUAUUGUAUUUAGAUGUGGAAUCUGUGAUAACAUUGAUACUAUUAUGGGAUUCUGAUGUGUACGCCUGUGGAUCAGAUGUUAUGUUUUUUUUUUGGUUUUAUUUAUGGUCAUAUAUCUGUCCAUGAACGAUGAGCUGCUCUACUCCUCUGUUACUAAGGGUUUACUAUGUGUAGUGGAGGAACAACACUGUAUCUGCCCCUCCUUUACAAAGUCCAAGCCGAUUCAGAGCUCAGAAGGCCAUACCUCAUGUAAGCUGGCUAAACUGAUUACUGUAACAUGUUGUGAUUGUACUUGUGUUUGCUUUGAAACUUCAUCUGCUGUUCGCUGCCUGGGACACAUUAAAUUACAUAACGGAAA